CAGUUUGUUUUGUUUGGGUGUUUCGGCACAAAGCUCAACAUGACACAAACUCCCACUUAGCGCUCGUAAUCGCCGUUUUAUCCCCUCCAUUCCAGCUGUAAACAAGAUGUCCUCUGAGGUGUUUCGUACCUGACUCUUCUCGGUAACGUCGGACGGCUGAACUUCUCCGUGAUUUCAUCCCGACCGGAGACACCUGUUGCUCCAGUUUCGCCUCACAGGUGUCACUUUCUGUCCGACAGCGAGCAGCUCCGGGUCCACAGGGAAAGCCGGCGACACUCGGACAUAUUUUUUUUCUUGCCCCUACAAAUUCAGGGAAAAACAUUUGAAUUUGUGUUAUGAAAGUGACGGUAACUUUCCAGGACACCGCUGUGGUGGUUCCCUGCAAGGCUGGAUGGACGGUCCGGGAUCUGGUCGAUCAAGCCACGCGGAGGUACCACCGGAUUCAACAGCAGCAUGGGGACAACGCUGUGAAGACCCACCACUUGGAGUACGCUGAAGGAGGCAUCCUGGACAUGGACGACCUGCUGAGCGAUCUGGUGGAAGACAGAGACAAGCUGGUGGCAGUGUUUCAUGAAGUCCAGCCCGAGAGGAUGGACAGUCCAAGAGAGAGCAUGUCCAACGGCUACUCCAGCGCCGCCCCGAGUCCAGAGCCCCUCCACUACUACUCCCACCUCGAGUACCAGGAGCCGGGCAGAGGAGAGAUCGAAGUCAACGAAGCCAUCCUCAAAGCCAAUACUCCACUGUUGGUGAGGAGCAGCAGUGACUCUGCUUUGGCUCCACCCUAUGAGGCGACACCUACACCUCCACCUCCACCUGAUGACCAAAGCAGCGGGUCUCCAGAACCGGAGAUCAACAAUGCACUGAGAGGAGCUCUGGACCGACUGAGCGCAGACGACCUUCCCGCCAAGAUGAGCCAGGUCAACUACAGUGCUCUGACGAGGACGGUUGAGUUCUCGGGUCAUCAGGGGCCCCUGGGAAUCCACGUGGUCCCCUACUGCUCCUCUCUCAGUGGACGGACCCUGGGCCUCCACAUUAAAGGCAUCGAGGAAAACAGUCGCUCCAAGAGAGAGAAUAUCUUCAAGGAAGACGAGGCUAUUGUUCAAAUCAACGACACACCGCUCCAGGACAAGACCUUCGCACAAUCACAGGAGGUGUUCCGUCAAGCCAUGUCCAGCUCUUCAGUGCGUCUGGAGGUCCUACCAGCCGCCAACAAGCCACGAUACGAGAAGAGCCUUAUCGGCCAGCUUUUCACCGGCGACAGCAAAGACACCACGGCAAAAUCAAAGAGCCCCAUGCUGGUCCGUCCUAAAACCGACUCCCAUCCAGAGCUCAGACUAGAUCCCAAAGUGACUGCCAAAUCAGAGGUGAAGCGACCAGACAAUCGAGCCAAAACCCCAGAGCCAGCUAUGCUAAGAGCGUCACCAGUAGAGCACCAGUCUGGUCCUAGCUCUUUGGAGAGAGUUUCUCCAACACCUCCAUCUACGGUGGCGAGCUCAUCUCCGAUACCCAGAACCGACAACCAGAGCCCACUGACCACUAAGAGUCCUGUUUUGCCCGGCCUGCCCAGCCUCACCAACAAGAAGGGUGGCAAGAGGAUGAAGAUCGACCUGAAGAAGGGCGCAGAGGGUCUGGGCUUCACCGUGGUAACCAGGGACUCCACCGUCCACGGGCCGGGGCCGAUCUUGGUGAAGAACAUCCUGCCGCGCGGUGCAGCCAUCAAGGACGGCCGCCUGCAGCCCGGAGACCGCAUCCUGGAGGUGAAUGGAGUGGACAUGACAGGCCGUAGCCAGGAGGAACUGGUGGCCAUGCUGCGCAGCACCAAGCAGGGAGAGAAUGUGUGUGUGGUGGUGGCGCGGCAGGAGGACUUCUUCCUGCCUCGGGAACUGAAAGGUGAGGAGGUGAGCAGUCUGGUGUUGGAGGACGGAAGGGAGCAGCUGAUGUACGAGAUCCCCCUGAAUGAAACGGGCUCGGCCGGCUUGGGGAUCAGCCUGAAGGGGAACAAGUCCAGAGAGACCGGAGAGGACCUGGGGAUCUUCAUCAAGUCCAUCAUACAUGGAGGGGCCGCUUACAAGGAUGGCCGGCUGAGCGUCAACGACCAGCUGAUAGCGGUGAACGGAGAGUCGCUGCUCGGACACUCCAACCACACCGCCAUGGAGACGCUGAGGAGGUCCAUGUCGUCGGAGGGAAACGCCAGAGGAACCAUCCAGCUGGUGGUGCUCCGAAUGCCCAGACAGGGCCAGCAGAUGCGGAGUGCCAGCCCUUUACCGAGCACAAACGUCUCCGCCGCCCAUCAGCCCAACAUCCCAGCGGGCUCCAGAAGCAAUCAGGAGCCCUGGGGCCAUGAUGCGUACCAGAGACCUUCAGGACCCUCUAGACCUCCAAGCGCAGAGUCUCCUCUGAACGACGCAACGACGACCAACAGCUACGCAUACAGCAGCUCUGGAAGCGCUCCGCAUCCCGCUGCGGCCACCAAUGGCGGCCACGGUCACUACGGCAACGACGACGAGGAGCCCGAGCAAGACUUCCCCCCGCCACCUUCCCCUGGAGCUGUGGAGGAAAUGAACAGAGACUUGCCACUAACUCCUCCUCACCCCAGCGAGUUUCAUUCGCUGCCCCACACAGCUGAGGCUUUCUACGCAAACAGCCGACUCGCUAAUGACAAGGACAACGUGCCUCGCAACAGGGCGUCCAAGAGCAUGGACAUGGUGGCCGAUGAGAGCAACGUGGGAUCGCUGGCGGAGCAGAGGAAUGAGCCUUCAGCUGGACGAGCUUUAGGCCCAACCCUGGGCCUCUGGAAGUCCAGCUCCCUGGAGAGCCUCCAGACGGCCAUGUCGGAGGUCAAGCAGAGUCACAUUCAAGCUCAGGUGCCCUUCCACCGCCCGCGACCACACAUGGUCCGGGGGCGCGGAUGCAACCAGAGUUUCCGCAUCGCCAUCGACAAGUCCUACGACGGACCUUCUGAAGACGACGACGACCUGUCAGAGCACAGCUCCGGCCACGAAACACCCGCCAGCAGCUCCUCUCGCCAGGGACUGGACGAGGACGGAAAGAAGAAGAAGAAAACCAAGCCGAAGAAAAAAGACAAGAAGAGCAAAGGGAAGAAGAAACCGGAAGACUCUGUGGACGACCCGGAGAAGAAAACCAAGAAGAAGGGAUUUGGCCUCUUAAGGUUUGGAAAGAAGAAAGAAGACAAGAGCAAAGACGCAGCAAAAACAUCAAAAAACAAACUGGAGGCCCUGAGUGAAGAGGAGCUGGACAGGAUCCCUGACAGCAGAGAUGGCUAUGACCCACGUUACGCUGAAAUCCACUCCGGCCACGUCACUCCCGACCCGGCUUCCUUCCCGGACGUGGAGGACGACGACGGCGACCCCAACUACGCCCGCAUCAACAACUUCCGCCAGCCGCCGUCUCCCCAGUCGUUCAUCAGUCGCACGCCCUCCCCUUCGGCACCCAUCGGGGGUCCUAACCCGCCUCGAGCGUCCUCCGAAGAACUGGAUGGGCUCUACGCCAAGGUCAACAAGUCCAGACCCCCGCCUGCUCUGCAGAACCAAGCCCAGGCAGACAGCAGCGAUCAGCGAGUCCAGGGGUUGCGCCGGGAAUACCAGCAGGCCCGGGCCGCUCCGGCCUACGAAGAGCUGGAAGUAGCACGACGCCGAGUCCUGGAAUAUGAUCCUAACAGGAUGGCACCCAGAGGAGCCGAGUCUCGCCCCGAGCCCCGGUACGAAGAGGUGGACCGACAUUACGGCGCUCAGCCCAGGAGGGAUCCGUAUGAUUACCCGACACACUCCAGACCUGUGCCCAGAGAUCAGGCGCUCUACCCCAGCAGCUACCACGACCCUCCAGCUCCCAGCUACCCUGGCCGAGUGCCGCUUCCUCAGCCGGGCUCCCACUCCCAGCAGGCACCCGGCAACCCACGCUACUACCCCUCAUCCCACACCGGGCAGCCGCACCGUGCGGCGGUGAGGCAGGACGUCCCGCCUUCUCCUGGCGUGGGCCGGAGAGGGCGGCAGCGCUACGGCGACGGCUACCGGCAGCAAAGCCCCGGCCGCUACGCCAGCCCAGACCGGUUCCCCGAUCGCUAUCAGUACGAAGAUGGAAGGCAGCCCGACCCGAGACGGAAGAGCCCCGCCAUAGGUGCAGUCUGAAAGGUCGUAGCCCCUAAAAGCUCCAAAGCUGCCACAUUUGAGAACCAUAUGAGCUAAACUACCAACCGAAUCGAUGAAAGCUGAGAGGAUAAAACAGUGAAGGACUCGUUUGUGUGUGUGUAUAUAAAUGUUGGAGCUGCCUGUGUGUAACAUGAUAGAGAUUAUUUUAUGAAGAAAUUAAGGGCAGUUCAGUUGAUUACACUGAUACAUAGCAUAACAUAGUGCCAAAUGUUGAAUAUAAAUCAAAUAUAUACGCAGCGCUGACUUGCAUUUUGCACAAAGUGAAGGAACUGAAGAGGGAUCACCUUGACCAGUCGCACCGCUGGAACACAACAGAAGCAGGAAGGUAAAGCAGGCAAACAGGAGAAGGAAGAACCCUCUCCAUCAAAGUGUCUUCUCGCCCUUGAUGUUUUGUCGCUUGGACUUCCUCCCCAUCCUGCUGUCGCACCGGGAUUGUUUUGUUUUUUUUCUAUCCUCGCCUUUGAUUAUCCGGAUGUGUCUGAUGUGUGUAAUUGCAUUGCAGAUGAGUUUAUUAGUGACAAUAAAAAUGUAGAAAUCCUGA